AAGCAGGUUUCUGUAAACUGUAACAACUGGUGACCUUCGUCUGAUUAAUCAAAACCUUCAGUAUGUCGCUCUUAAGAGGUGUCUUCAUUGUUUCUGCUAAAAGGACUCCAUUUGGCACAUACGGUGGCGUUCUUAAAGACCACACUGCCACAGACCUGGCCGAACAUGCUGCUCGAGCUGCCCUGGCUGCUGGCAACGUUGCUCCAGAGUUAGUUAACAGUGUCAUCGUUGGUAAUGUCAUGCAGAGCUCUGCAGAUGCUGCCUAUAUUGCACGUCAUGUGGGUCUACGGGUCGGAAUCCCAGUACCAGUUCCUGCUCUGACCGUAAAUCGUCUCUGUGGAUCAGGUUUCCAGUCCAUCAUCAGUGGAGCUCAUGAGAUCUGCCUUAAAGAAUCAGAGAUCGUACUCUGUGGGGGGUCGGAGAGCAUGAGCCAGGCCCCUUACGCCGUGCGCAACAUCCGUUUCGGUACAAAGUUCGGGGUUGACUUGAAGCUUGAGGACACUCUGUGGGCCGGACUCUCGGACCUGCACAUCAAAUUGCCGAUGGGAAUCACAGCUGAAAACCUGGCUGAGAAGUACGAUAUUACACGAGAGGAAUGUGAUAAGUACGCCCAUCAGACACAGCAGAGGUGGAAGGCUGCUUACGAGGCCGGCUACUACAACGCUGAAAUUUCACCUGUUGACAUAAAGUCCAAGAAAGGAAAAGUGCCGAUGACCCACGACGAGCACCCUCGCCCACAGACUACACUGGAGCAGAUGGCAAAGUUGCCAUCUGUGUUCAAGAAAGCGGGCACAGUCACUGCUGCCAAUGCUUCGGGCGUCUCAGACGGUGCUGCAGCUGUGGUGAUUGCCAGUGAGGAUGCCGUGAAGGAGCACAAGCUCACUCCUUUGGCAAGAAUUGUGGCCUAUCACAUCUCAGGCUGUGAUCCAAGCAUCAUGGGCAUCGGUCCUGUCCCUGCCAUAACAGGAGCUUUAAAGAAAGCGGGGCUCUCUCUGAAGGACAUGGAUUUAGUCGAGGUGAAUGAGGCGUUCGCUUCUCAGUAUUUGGCCGUCGCUAAGGCUUUGGGACUCGACCCAGAGAAGAGUAACGUUAACGGUGGAGCCAUCGCUAUAGGCCACCCACUGGGAGCUUCUGGAACCAGAAUCACUGCACAUUUGGUGCAUGAGCUCAGGAGGCGAGGUGGCAAAUACGCAGUGGGCUCAGCCUGUAUCGGUGGUGGCCAGGGCAUUGCUGUGAUUCUGGAAAACACACAAUGAGCAGUAAAAGCAGAUCGACAAUUUGAUAUAACCCAGGAACACUCCUUAAACUCUCCAGUUUAUAAACAGUUUUA